AUGAAUAAACAACUGUGGGUCACUGAUGAAGAUAGAAAAUAUAUUCACCCAAUUUCAUAUGUGGACAUCAAGAAAUGUGUUUUAAACGUAAGAAAAAAUUCGACAAUAGCUUGCAUUUAUUUUACAGACCACUCACUGAUGAUGUCAAAUAAUGAUCUGUACAUUUCAACGGAGGCUAUCUCCAAGGAGCUAUUAGUUUCUUGGGCCACGAAGAAUUGGCCCUUGAUGAGUAAGUUCAACAAAAUGGCGCUUAAAGCUGCGGAUCCAGGAUUGGGAGACACUUUUAUUCAAAAAGAGGUUUCUCAAUAG